UACGCACCACACACAGAUGCUUCAGUCAGUGGAAACCCGUCCGUUUUCCGCAAGACUACGCGGAGAGUUUAAUUGUCUGUCAUCUUAAACAAGCAGAAAAGUCGGAUAAACUGAUCCAGAGACAGUUUCUCCUGCGGGUAUCUCAACAGGCAGCUAAUGCGCAAGGAAAGGAGGCCAGCCAAAAUAAGACAUAAUGAGUGACCGGUUUGACUGUAAGAACUGCAACGAGUCCCUGUACGGGCGCAAGUACAUCCAGGUGGAGGACAAUCCCCACUGCAUUCCUUGUUAUGACCGCCUGUAUGCCAACACCUGCCAGGAAUGCAAAGAAAUCAUAGGUCACAAUGCCAAGGAGCUCUUCUACGAGGACAGACACUACCACGAGCACUGCUUCCGAUGUUUCCGCUGUGAUCGUUCUCUGGCAGACGAGUCCUUCACCAGCCAGGACAACGGUCUGGUGUGCAGCGACUGCUACUGCAAUGAAUUUUCCUCCAAGUGCGUGGCCUGUGACAAGACAGUCAUGCCAGGGUCAAGGAUGCUGGAAUAUGGCGGCUCCACGUGGCAUGAGGACUGUUUUAUGUGCCAUGGUUGUGAAAAGCCCAUCGGUGCAGAAUCAUUCAUCCCAGAUAAAAACAAGUACUAUUGUGUGCCGUGCUACGAGGGCCGGUUUGCUCCUCAGUGCAGUCAGUGCAAAAAGGCUCUGACUAAAGGAGGAGUGACCUACAAAGAAAAAGUGUGGCACAAAGAGUGUUUUUUCUGCGCGGGAUGUAAGGGGCCGCUGGCUGGACAACCGUUCACUUCACAGGGAGAAAGUCCAUAUUGUGUCAAGUGCUUUAGCAGCCUGUAUGCCAAAAAGUGUGCCGGCUGCAAAACACCCAUCACAGGGUUUGGAGAUGGGAAGUAUGUUUCUUUCGAGGACCGGGAGUGGCACCAGCCGUGCUUCAAGUGCUCACGCUGCUCCGUGUCACUGGUGGGUUCAGGCUUCUUCCCAGACCGAGACCAGAUUCUGUGUACAGACUGCAACAACGACGACUGACUGGCCCUGCCCCUGAAACACCUGCACCAGCAAAUAUCUACCACUGCUGACAGCGGCAGAAAACCGUCUUCUAAACCUCAGCCUUGCACAUGAACACUGCAGUAUACUCAUCCACUCUCAGUGUAAACUCCAAACAAAGCUCAGUAUUUACAAGUCUAAUUUACAUCAGCCCUAAGCACAUUGAAACAUUUGUACAAAGUCUGCAGAAAUGUCCAAUGAUAAUGUAUGUUUUCUUCUUUCAAGUUUUGCACAUUAAGUAAGUUCAUUGUUCUUUUUUUUCCAUAAAGGUGAUUAUUAUUUAUUCACCUUCUGUUAUUACUUUGUCAUGACAGCUAGAUAAAACCAAAAUCUGAAUGUUAUCUUUGAUUCUCUGCAAAUACCACCCCAGUUUUCUUCAUCAGUAAUACAAAAUAAUAUUUUUUCCCCCUCCCUACAUCUGCUGUAUUAUAAUUUCUAUGUAAAAUUAACAGUUUUUACCUUAUCUUAUAUGAAUUUCGACUGGCAUACAUACAAUAAAACUGUCAUUAAACAA